AUGUGUUGUGGACGGAUUUGCAUGCUGUGCACGUGCUUGCUACUGGUGGUGAUCGCGAUUGGGUUUCUCUUCGGUUUCGGAGUUUUCAAGGAUGGAUUCCACAAGAUCCACGAUUCCGUUAAUCUCCAAUGCGAUCCGAGAUUCGGCUGCAGCGAAGACGUUGGGCGUCGCGGUUACGGUUUCCCAGCUCCCGCCGAAGGAAAGCCAACUUCGGAAGCCACGGAGAUACCGGUUAGGAGACGGCGAAGCCAAACAGACGAUUACAAAAUGAGGAUCACUGUGAUGACCACCGGUGAACAAAUCAUUACACUUGAUGUCGAUUCUCAGGAAAUUGUUGAGAAUGUUAAAGCUUUGCUCGAAGUUGAGUCGAAUGUUCCGAUUCAGCAGCAGCAGCUGUUGUAUAAUGGAAACGAGAUGAGGAAUUCCGAUAAAUUGAGUUCAUUGGGUGUAAAGGAUGAUGAUUUGUUGAUGAUGGUUUCCAAUGCCUCAGCUGGUAGUCCGGCGAGGAGUGAUUUAACCAUGAAUCCUGAUGGAUCAGCUUCGAACUCUGCAGCCUUGCAACAACACAUAAUUACUCUCUCGUCUCUUUCUCUCGAACAACUUCAUCCUCCUCACACCGAAAUCCAGAAUCUUCGAGCUAACUCGGAAUCGUCGGUGAUUCCGUUUCCGAUUAUGUCACUUCCCCAAGACAUCAUCGUUGACAUCAUAGCGCGUGUAGAGAGAUGCGACGAUCCAACACUCUCCCUUGUGUCUAAGCGCUUCCGGUCAACUGUUUCCUCGCCUGAGCUACACGCGAGAAGAUCCUUGUUGGGCCGCACUGAACACCGUCUCUAUGUUCUCCUCGAUGACUACCGCACCUCGAAAAAAUGUUUCUACGUUCUCCACAACCGUCGCUUGGUCCCUAUCCCUACGCUUCCCACUAAAGGAAGCUUUGUCGCAGCGGGCUCGAAGAUAUAUGUGUUUGGUGAGGAUAUUGCAUACUCGAGAACUGCGGUAAGCAUCGAGUGUACGUCUCAGUCUCAGUCUCACACGGUGAAAACCCUCCCGAGCAUGCCUUACAUGCUAACCGGAGCUGCUAGCAUCAUUGACGGGAAAAUAUAUGUUAGUGGAAAUUGCGAUUAUGACGGAGAUGAGGUUUCGAUGGUGGUGUUCAAUACAGAGACACAAAUGUGGGAGGCAGAGAUUAUAGAGCCAGACAUCGAGGUAGGUCCAAUGAUUUGGUCUAGUCUUAUGAUGGCUGGUAAGAUUUAUAUAAUGGAUUAUAGGAGUAGCGUUUUUUACGACCCAAAGGAGAGGACAUGGGGAAGAGACCAGAUGCUGGAUUCUAAGAAGUGGAGGGUUAAGGGUGCGUGUGUGGUUGAUGACGUAUUGUAUUAUUACGAUGAAGAUGAGAAUUGUUUAAGAACGUAUGAUCCAAAGAAGAGGUGUUGGGGAGUGGUGAAUGGUUUGGAUGACUUGUUGGCUCAGACGAUAGGUUCAAAGGGGUCAGAGACUGUGAGUUACAGUGGGAAACUGGCCUUGUUUUUUCUUAAAGAAGCAGUAAGAGGAAAUGGGAUUUGGUUUGCUGAGAUUUCGCUGGAAAGAAGACAAGGAGGAGAGAUUUGGGGUCAAGUUGAGAGGUGUCAUCAGGUUUUGAGUAUUGAGGGUAGAUGCGCUUUUAAAUCUCUACCUGUUGAGCUUUGA